AUGAGAGAGGAUUCCGCUCGUCAUUUUGGGAGGGACGCGACAGGUCUGGACGACCGGAGUUGGGUCGGCAACGCCAGCAGUGGUGCGCAGGCGCUGAACACGGCCACAAGCGAGUUGAGGACCAACGGGUCAAAGGAACGAAACGUAGAUAAGAAACCGCGGCUUCGAAACGGAAGUUUUACCAAGGGAGGCGAGUGGUUGGGCGGUGGUUGA